AUGCUUUCUUAGUUACAUCUUGAUUUAAGUGGUAAUUAAAUUGGUAUAGAUGGUACUCGUUAUAUUGCAGGAGCUUUCAAAUAUUACAAUAAUAUUAACUAGUUAAGCAUAGAUUUAGCUCACAAUAAUAUUAAAGAUGAAGGAGCAAAUAUUUUAGCUAGGAGUUUGGAAAAAUGUGAAAACAUGGCUGAUUUAAAACUUGUUUUAAAGUCUAAUAAAAUUUCAAGUGAAGGAGCUAAGAAUAUUUUGAAAAAAUUUUAUAAAAUCACUGGUUUAAAUAUUGAUUUUUCAAAUAAUAAAAUCAAUAGUGAAGAACUCAACAGUGUUAUUAACAUUAUAUUUAAAUGUUAAAAAGUUACUCAUUUAAGUCUUAAUUUUUAUGGUAAUACAAUCAAUCUUGAGUAAGUUUAGAAUAUUACAAAUUCUCUAAAAAGAUGUAAAAAUCUAUAGAAACUAUAACUUAAUUUGGAACAUAAUAAUCUUGGAAAUAAACACAUUUAAUUAAUGGCAAAUUUCUUGUAAAGUUGUCAAAGUCUCACUGAAAUAAUUCUCAAUUUAAAGAAAAAUAAAAUUUCUGCUUAAGGAGUUAAGAGUAUUGCUAAUUCUUUGACUAAAUGUAAAAAUCUCACACUUUUAUAUCUCGAUCUUUAAGGCAAUAAAAUAAUAUCUGAAGGUAUAAUCAGUAUUAUGGAUGCGUUGGAAAAGUGUGAAAGAAUUAACAAGUUGAAAUUAAUUUUAAAUCAACUAAAAAAAUAAAGUGAAAUUUCUAAUACUUCUGUAUGUUCUUUGUAAUACACGUUUCAAUUGUCUCAAUCAAGAUACUUGCAAAGUGUUGUAAAAAUGUUAAAAUCUUACUAAACUAUCUCUUAGAUUCAAUCAUAGGGAUUUGAAUAAAGUUAAGAAACUCUCUGUUAUCUUGAUAUAAUUAAUGAUGAAGAUGCUUAUUAUAUCUCAAGAGCUUUUGUGAAAUGUUAAAAAAUUACUUAACUAAGACUUAAUUUGUGCUAUAAUAAAAUCACAACUAGAGGAGCUUAGAAGAUCGCGAUUGCUAUUGAAAAAUGUUAAAAGAUUACUAAUUUAACUCUUGAUUUGAGCCAUAAUCAAAUAUAAGAAGAAGGUGCUCAAAGCAUUUCAAAUACUCUGGAAAAAUGCCAAAAUAUUACUGAAUUAUAUCUUAAUUUAUCCUAUAAUAAAAUAAGCAGUGUAGGAAUUUAUAAUCUAAAAAUGGCUUUAGAAAGAAGUCAACACAUCAUAAAAUAAUAAUUCAUUUUUAAAAAUAAUGGUUAUAGAUCAGAUUACUCAUUUUCCUUUGAAUGA